AGAGACCAUCUCCACAUGAAUGCGACUCAAUGGGAGACUCUAACAGAAUUUGUGAAAUGGCUUGGCCGAGAAUCGAAAUGUGUUGUUGACGAAACGGAAAAGGGAUGGUUCGUGGCUUACAUAGACCGAGACCCAGCAGCUAUAGCUGCCCAGGAAGCCAAGGCAAAGAAAGAGAAAAUGGAUAAGGAUGACCAGGAACGUAUGCUAGAAUUCAUCCAGAAGCAAGUGGAGCGUGGAAAGAAGGAAGGGACCACAUCAGAGGAACCAACUUACUCAGAGUUUAAAAGAGAGAGCAGUCAGGAGAAACUCACUUUGAAUAUUAAUUUGAAGAGGAAAACGGAAGACAAAAAACCCGAUCUCACCACUUCAGCACUCAAACUAAAGACAAAAGAAGAUACAUCAAGCAAGAAGCAGAAAACAGAAGAGAAGAACCGGCAGUCCGCUCUGGAUGAGAUUAUGAAGAUGGAGGAGCAAGCGAAGGAGAAAGCCAACAGAAAGAGCUACUGGCUAACAGAAGGCGUAAUAGUGAAAAUAAUGACAAAAUCACUCGGCGAAAAGUAUUACAAACGCAAAGGCGUCAUAGAGAAAGUAAUUGACAAGUACGGUGCGCAUGUCAAAUUGACAGAUGAUCAUGUCAAAUUAAAAUUGGACCAGAAUCAUCUCGAGACCGUGAUCCCGUCAGUAGGUCGCGCAGUACGAUUCGUAAACGGGGCGUACAGGGGCGAGACCGGGUUGCUUAAGGACAUUGACACCGAUAACUACUGCUGCAAUGUUGAGAUAUCUGAAGGACCUCUGACUGGUAGACUUGUGAAAAGCGUUCAAUAUGAAGACAUAAGCAAGCUAGCUUAAUUAUAAAUAAUUUAGGUUAAAUAAAUAGAACAUUAACUUAAUGUUUGUGUAAU